AGUGCUAGUGCCCCGGCGGCUACUGCGGGUCCGGAGCUUGAGGACGUCGCCCCUACGAGCAGAGGGCGCACGGGAGCGAGCUCGAGGUGGCGCGGUGGCCCCUCGGCGCAGCAAUCAGGUGGAAAUGAGUUCUCAACAGUUUCCUCGGUUAGGAACCCCUUCCACUGGGCUGAGCCAGACACCUUCACAGAUUGCCAGCAGUGGCUCUGCAGGAUUGAUAAACCCAGCUGCUACAGUCACUGACGAGACUGGGCGAGAUGCCGAUGUUGGUGCCAGGGAGCACACAUCCUCCAGCAGCUCCUUGCCACCCCGGGAAGAGAAACAGGAGCCUGUUGUGGUAAGGCCUUACCCACAGGUACAGAUGUUACCUGCACACCAUGCUGUUGCCUCAGCCACACCUGUUGCAGUGACAGCCUCGACCGCACACCUGACACCAGCAGUGCCACUCUCAUUUUCUGAGGGACUUAUGAAGCCGCCCCCAAAGCCCACCAUUCCUAGCCGUCCCAUUGCUCCUGCUCCACCUUCUACCUUGUCACUUCCCCCCAAGGUUCCAGGGCAGGUCACGGUUACCAUGGAAAGUAGCAUCCCUCAAGCUUCAGCCAUUCCUGUGGCAACAAUCAGUGGACAACAGGGACAUCCCAGUAACCUGCAUCAUAUCAUGACCACAAAUGUACAGAUGUCCAUAAUCCGCAGCAGUGCCCCGGGACCACCUCUUCACAUCGGAGCUUCUCAUUUACCUCGAGGUGCAGCUGCUGCGGCUGUGAUGUCUAGCUCUAAAGUAACCACAGUGCUGAGGCCGACUUCACAGCUGCCCAAUGCUGCCACAGCACAACCAGCAGUCCAGCACAUCAUUCACCAACCAAUCCAGUCUCGGCCACCUGUGACCACCUCUAGUACAAUCCCCCCUGCUGUAGUAGCAACUGUCUCAGCCACCCGAGCCCAGUCUCCUGUCAUUACAACAACAGCUGCACAUGCCACUGACUCUGCACUGAGUCGGCCUACUUUGUCUAUCCAGCAUCCACCAUCUGCAGCAAUUAGUAUUCAGCGUCCUGCCCAGGCACGAGAUGUGACCACACGAAUCACUCUCCCCUCUCACCCUGCAUUAGGGACACCAAAACAGCAGCUUCAUACUAUGGCUCAGAAAACCAUCUUCAGCACGGGCACCCCAGUGGCUGCGGCAACCGUGGCGCCUAUUUUGGCAACCAACACCCUUCCUUCAGCAACCACAGCUGGAUCUGUGUCACACACACAAGCUCCCACCAGCACAAUUGUUACCAUGACGAUGCCCUCCCAUUCGUCCCACGCUACUGCUGUGACCACCUCAAACAUACCAGUUGCUAAAGUGGUGCCUCAGCAGAUCACACACACUUCUCCUCGAAUCCAGCCUGACUACCCUGCCGAGAGAAAUAGCCUGAUUCCCAUUUCAGGACAUCGGGCCUCUCCAAAUCCUGUAGCCAUGGAAACACGAAGUGACAACAGACCGUCUGUUCCUGUUCAGUUCCAGUACUUUUUGCCAACUUACCCACCCUCUGCAUACCCACUGGCCGCACACACCUACACCCCAAUCACCAGUUCUGUGUCCACUAUCCGACAGUACCCAGUUUCAGCUCAGGCUCCAAACUCUGCCAUCACUGCUCAGACUGGUGUUGGGGUAGCAUCUACAGUCCACCUUAACCCCAUGCAGCUUAUGACUGUGGACGCCUCGCAUGCUCGCCAUAUCCAAGGGAUCCAGCCAGCACCCAUCAAUACACAGGGGAUCCAGCCAGCACCCAUUGGGACACCAGGCAUCCAGCCAGCACCCAUUGGCACACAGGGGAUCCACUCAGCAACCCCAAUCAACACACAAGGGCUUCAGCCAGCACCAAUGGGUACGCAGCAGCCCCCGCCUGAAGGAAAGACCUCAGCAGUGGUGUUAGCAGAUGGAGCCACAAUUGUAGCCAACCCUAUCAGCAGCCCAUUCAGUGCUGCUCCUGCAGCAACAACUGUGGUACAGACCCACAGCCAGAGCGCCAGCACCAAUGCGCCAGCACAGGGUUCUUCCCCCAGACCGAGCAUACUCCGAAAGAAACCUGCCACAGAUGGAAUGGCAGUUCGGAAAACUCUCAUUCCUCCUCAGCCUCCUGAAGUGGCUAGUCCUCGAGUAGAGAGUGCCAUGCGGAGCACAUCAGGCUCUCCCAGGCCUGCAGGCUUCCUAUCAUGUCUGGGUUCUCAUGAUGUAUGUGCUCCAUUUCCUCUGACAGCAGUUCCUCCAUUAGCCACCAACACUGUGUCUCCAUCUCUUGCAUUGCUGGCAAACAACCUGUCCAUGCCUACAAGUGACCUACCACCUGGUGCCUCUCCAAGGAAAAAGCCUCGAAAACAACAGCAUGUGAUCUCAACAGAAGAAGGGGACAUGAUGGAGACGAACAGCACUGAUGAUGAGAAAUCCACUGCCAAGAGUCUAUUGGUGAAGGCGGAGAAGCGCAAGUCUCCUCCCAAGGAGUAUAUUGAUGAAGAAGGUGUGAGAUACGUCCCAGUGCGUCCAAGACCUCCCAUUACUCUUCUUCGUCACUAUCGGAAUCCCUGGAAGGCUGCUUACCACCACUUCCAGAGGUACAGUGACGUCCGGGUCAAAGAGGAGAAGAAAGCUAUGUUGCAAGAAAUAGCUAAUCAGAAAGGAGUAUCCUGUCGUGCUCAAGGAUGGAAAGUCCACCUCUGUGCUGCCCAGUUACUACAGCUGACAAACCUAGAACAUGAUGUUUACGAAAGACUUACCAAUCUACAGGAAGGGAUUAUCCCAAAGAAAAAAGCAGCAACUGAUGAUGAUCUACACCGAAUAAAUGAGCUAAUACAGGGAAACAUGCAGAGGUGUAAACUGGUGAUGGAUCAGAUCAGUGAGGCCAGAGACUCCAUGCUUAAGGUUUUAGACCACAAAGACCGUGUCCUGAAGCUUCUAAACAAGAAUGGGACUGUCAAGAAAGUAUCAAAAUUGAAGCGAAAGGAAAAAGUCUAGAUCCAAAAGAAUCAAGAAUUUGAAACAGAAUUUAUGAAGAAUGAUGGCGGGGGUGGGGGGAGGGUUUGGCUAUUUUCAAAGUGGAACAUUCAAAUAAAGGGAGUGUUCCCCUCAGUCACACGUGAACACAGAGGGACCCAUGGCAUCCAGUUGCACAAAGGAUCAGAUCUGACAUGACACAGUGAGCCUCAUUUUUUCAGGCACAUCCCUGUUAAGCCUGGUCUGUGUCGGAUGAGACACAGACGGCUGCUGGCAUUUUUCAGCCUUCCAGUUUAUAGACUGCAUUUAUCUGGUGGAUUCCUGCAGGACCCAUACUGAGCCCAGACUGAAAGCAUCCACUUGGACCAUCUGUUAUCUCUUAUCUCUACACUGAAAAUAAAACCUCUUCUCACUCCAGUCAGUUCUUCUGUUUGACCUUCGGAUAUCCAACUUGGCCUUUUAUUCUAGUGCCACAGCACCAGGAGAACUACCAUAUCAGUUCUUGUCAAUUUUUUAAAGAACCAUUUCCAAGUGAAGUUGUUAUGUUAUCUGUCCUGCGUAUGUCAGAAUUGGGUUUUUGUGUAAACUCAGAGCAAGCAACACCACCAGUCGCUUUGAGGUCUUGUUCUGAAGUACAUUCUUGAUUACCUGUACUUCUGUAGCUGGUGUGAUGCUGUUAAUUGUAUGUACCACACAUCUCCAAACAUUAAUAAAGGACUUGAAGAGGUUUUUGUA